CGCGUGAAGAAAAAAAAUAGGGGCAGUCUUUCUACUGUCGAGAGAAAGAACCCUAAAUCGGAUUCUCAUUUCUCGAGCACACCAGCUCAUAAUCAAUAGCCGCUCCCUCACCCUUCUUGGCUCCUUCAAUCUUCAUCGACGCAAACACCAGAACGGAAGUCCCCGACAAGGCAUCCUGUCUCCGACCCCACCGCAGCCCCGACCCUCCUCUAUCUCCACCACAACUUCAAACAACACCGCCACCGGCUGCCGCGGCUGCAACCUGCAAGCAUCUCUUUCAUGGCCGUCGAAGUCCAUUCUCGGUGGAUAUGAACUUAUAUAGAAGCUGAAUAAAAUCCGAAAGGAAAUUUAAGCCGAAAGGAUGGUUUUAGAGAAAGUAAGCCUUUUAAUUUGGUUGUUACUUCUCUCUGCAACUCUAAUCUGAUUUUGAUUUUGAUUGAGGGUUAUUGGAGGUUUAACACCGAUUGAUUUGUUUGAAUUCCUGAUGGAAAUUCACAAGAGAAAGUUGCAGAUAACAGAAAGAAGCUAGAAAUGGAUUUGUUAUGAACUUGAUUUAGCAACACAUCAUCACAAAGCUCCAGUUUGUUAAGAAUAUACAUAUGUAUACUAGGAUAUUUCUAAAAUCUAAACAGGUUUGUUGGUCUUGGUGGAGAAUCAUGUAAGCAUAAGUAGAAUUGAGUAUACUACAUGUAAAAUUUAAACACUCACGAUUUCUCACCUCCUUUUAUAUAUUACAUGUCGUAUUUGAUAUUUUUUUUAGCUAUUUUACAUAAUGCAUAAAAAACUACCAAUUUUACGUUUCGAUUCUAUACUUUACGAUUUUACCCGUUCACCACUUUUAAGUAGAAUCGCACUUUUGACUGUAUUGUUUGUAAAGCUUUGGACAUGAUCAGUGAACGUUUCAUAUGGGGAGAGGAAGAGGAGAAAUCAAGAAUCCACUCGGUUUCUCUGGACAACAUCACUCUACCUCGACACCAGGGAGUGCUUGGCAUUAGACCAAAUAGAUAGGCUAACCAAGCCAUGUUAGCAAAGGGUGCUUGGAAACUAGUAUCUGGUGAUCAGUCCCUAUGGACGAGAGUCUUGCGAAGUAAAUAUGCUCGAAAUAGGGAGGUACUUCAACUACUAAUGUCAUCAAUAAAGGUGUUGCUAGGAAUGUUAAGAACGGGAAAUUUUUUAAAUUUUUGCCUUGAUUCGUGUUUGUUGCAGGAACCCCUGAUCAAUCUAGCGAUUGGUGACAUCCCUGUGGAGCUCCAACAAAGAAAAGUAGCUGAUUAUUGGGACGUCAACAUUGGCUAGAAGAUGGAGGAGAUAUGCGACUACCUCCCUACAUACGUACAUAAUAGGAUCAUAUCAAUCAUACUUGAUCGGAUUUCGACCGCAGAGGAUGUGCUGCUGCUAAUGGCAUUUUCACCACCUCCUCGGCUUAUCAACUUGCUGCCCAACAACACCACAAUUAGACCUCAAUACAUUGAAGCAAGAUCUGGCACCUGCAAAUUCCGGAACCAAUCAGGUUGUUUUUGUGAACAGCAGCAAAAGGAGCAGGAUGGUGUGGGAGAAACUUGUGCCAUAGCAGGAUCAAGCCCAAUUCUUUGCAUCCGAGCAAGAUGUUUGGCUGAAGGAAAACAUUGAUGGCGACAACUACACAGAAGAUUCAGGGAUGUCCAGCUUCUUUACUCUCAUUUGUUGGUAUAUUUAGAAGCACAGGAACGAGUUAAUAUUCAAAGCGGCCAGGAUCUCCAAUUCUACUCUCAUCAAUUACAUUGUUUCAAAGACUCGAUGAAAGCUUGGAGGGUUGCGAUGAGAGCAAGAAGCUCCCUAACAGCAACUGCUAGAGAAGAGCAGCUUAUUGGACGGAGAGCUCCACCAACAGGUUGGAUCAAACUCAGCACAGAUGGGGCAUCUCAAGGAAAUCUAGGUAUGAUGACAACAGGGGGUUGUCUCCGAGAUAGUGACGGGGAUUGGAUAAGUGGAUUUUGUUGCCAAAUCAGGACAGGGAUGACGAUGUUAGCGGAUCUCUGGGGCAUCUAGUAACGACUUAACUUAGCUUGGAAGAAAGAAGCACAAUGCUUAACCAUCGAAACAGACUCCAAGUUAGCGAUAGAGUUGAUCAACAAGAGAAUUGACUCGGUUCACCCCUAUGCUACUAUGCUUAAUGCUAUUCGCAAGUUCUUGGCUCAGAGUUGGGUGGUUUGUCUAAUUCAGACGUAUCGCGAAAGGAAUAGAGUCACGGACUGUCCCUCUGAUUCGGGCCUAAUUGUACAUGUUUUACCCAUGUUUUCCCUAAGCGUUUGUGGCAAUUUCGCUCCAAAAAGGGUGGUUUUACGCUAGGUUUCUCGUGUUUUAGUGUGUUUCUGGAUUUAACAGGUGAAACCAGCCACGAAGUCGAAGUUGGACAAAAAGGAGCGAAAACCGGGAGAAGGGUUGAAAAAUGGCGAGUUUACGGUUUUUCUUGGAUGUUCACGGUCUUGUAUGACCGUGAAGAAGAGCUGUUGCUCGUGAACUUUGAGGCGUCUAGGGCCAAAACUCAAGUUACUGAUGCUAAUUGAGUUCACGGUCACUAAGACCGUGAACACGUGUAAGCGAAGCAGUGCAUUUUGGCACCAGCCUUGAGUUCACUGACGCGUUUCAGAGUUCACGGCCGUGAACUAAGGCAGGGAACUGAGCUCGUUCCCUGUUUUUAAGAUGAGCUGAAAGGAAGAGAUAAGGGAGAGUCCAUUGAGUGAGAAAGCCUUCUUCAGAUUUUAGAGAGAGAAAGACGAACCAAAUGAGAAAGAGGCUAGGGUUUCUCUUCAAGAGUGGAUUUGGGAAGAUUCUCCCCAAGAGAAGUUCAGCACAAGUGCCAAGAAGAUUAGAAGCCUCCUUCAUGAUGGUUUCUACCUCUUCCCCUUGUGAUUCUCCCAUUUCUUGCAUGUAGUAUAUUUCUUUUUCACUUGUGUGUUGUGAAACCCUAACUAGCUACAAUGUAGUUUUCUUUAUGUGAAUUGAAUGAUUGUUUAUGGGUGUUGUUUAAUUCAAUGAUUGAGGUAAUAUUCAUGAUGAUUGUGCAUGUUUGUGCUUAGCAACCUAAGGAUUGUGCAAAUGUGUGCUUAGCAAUCUAAGGAUUGUGCAUGUUUGUGCUUAGCAAUCUAAGGGUUGUGCAUGUUGAUGCUUAGCAAUCUAAUUAGCCACUUAACCUAGAUUAGAGAGGAAAACCCCCUGCCAAGGGAGACACAAUUGAGUUGGUAUUCCUAGGGCUUUUUUAAGUCUCCUAACUAGGUUAAUUUAGGGCAAACCUCAAUAUUGGAUUAAGCAAUUUGGUUAAGCGCAAUUAAGCCGUCCAACCUAU